UUUCCAAUCCAAGUCGUGGAAAACAUCUCACGUCUUCGGAAUCAUCAUGUCUCUUCACUCCUCCCUCGUUCCCCUUCGACUUUAUCUUCGAUCCUCAGUGGCUCCGGCAGCUCGCCUACAUUCGAUCAGACAUGCCUCCCUCAACUCGGCUAUUGGUCGGGGUAUUCGCAGGUCCCAUCCGGUAGAUGGCCCACGCAAGGACAGGAGGGAUAGGAAUAUGGAUAGGGAUGGGGACUCCAGGCCGCCGCGAUCGGGGUAUAAGGAUACACGCGAGCCGCGAAGGGCUGAAGUCGAAUUCGAUGAGGAUGAGUUUAUCCGGACGGGGAAUUUCCGUGCUCUGCCGAGAGUACACCAGAGAUUUGAAAACACCAGGUCAUCAUCUAGAAUGAAUGACAUGUCGCGAACGAGAGACACGCGAGAUAUGCCCAGGACAAAGGAUAAUGGUCAUCCUAAGGAUCGGACUGCCUACCAUCGCACAACGGAAAAGGUACCCGUACGCGUGAAGGAAAACGUUCUUGUCCCUGACUCGAUCCCUUACACUACGCCUGCGUCGGAAUUUAUCUAUGGAGGUGCAGCGGUGGAAGCGGCUUUGCGCUGCAGUCGGCGCAAGCUGUACAAGCUAUACCUUUAUCAGGCUGCAGGUGAGGAGCUAAGUUCCUCGAAAAUCGCAUUGCGGAAACUAGCCCUUUCUAAGAACGUCGCUAUAAAGAUGGCUUUUGCGGGCUGGGACCGCUUGCUAGACAAGAUGAGUGCUGGACGACCUCACAACGGCUGUGUUCUGGAGGUGUCUCCUCUACCUCAACUCCCUGUGAAGAGUUUCAAGACCGUUUCUUCCGCGGAAGAGAACCACUUUAGCCUGGAAUUAGGAGUGCAAUCGCGGGAAGAAGCCCAGGUAAAUGGUACAAAUGAUCGGAUCAAAAUCAACCAUUCUCUUCGAAACAGAUACCCUGUCGUUCUACUACUUGAUGGCAUUAUCGAUCCUGGAAACCUUGGCGCCAUCAUUCGCUCCGCAUAUUAUCUGGGGGUUGAAGCUAUCGUUUUCGCGGGCCGAAACUCGGCGCCUCUAUCACCGGUUACCAUCAAGUCCUCCGCGGGAGCCGCAGAAAACAUGACUCUUCUCCAUGUCAGAAAUGAGGUGGAAUUCAUCCAGCGGUCCAAAACCAACGGGUGGCGAUUUUAUGCGGCUGACGCCCCCGGCCCAGGUUCCACCCUUAUCGACCCUAGCUCUUUGUGGCAAACCAGCAGUACUGGUGAUGGCUCCUCUGCCAGUGAGGGCCCUCUUGCUCAAUCACCAAGUGUCAUAAUGAUGGGCAGCGAGGGCACAGGGUUGAGUUCCCAUAUCCGGUCACAGGCGGAUGCCAUAGUUAGCAUCCCGGGGGCCAGAAUCAGUACGGAGCUGGGGGUUGAGUCUGAUCCGGCCCGGGUGGACAGUCUCAACGUUAGUGUUGCCGCAGCAUUGUUGAUGGAUAUGUUUCUUCGGAUGCCAUUUGCAAUGGCUGAUAUGCCGAAGAAGGGGAAACUCUGGUGA